AUGUCUCCAAAUCCCGAUAUCUCAAAUCCGAUACCAACCACUAUUCAGAUAACUUAUUCGACUACCUCGCCGCGGAAGCACUCCACUCAGACACAGGGAAGAUGGGCGGAGGAAGUCCAAGGAUUCCAGACCACGUCACCGACGUUGCACUCGAAGAGGGGUACACAGAACAAGGCGAACGCGAAGAAAGCGAAUCUGCCACAGCGGCCAAUGGGAUGUAUACCAGGCUACCAGCCCCAGGCGCUACGGGAGUCUACGCCAUCUGCAGGAAGGCGCGAUGCGUUCCGUUUUGGAGACGGUAGCGACGACGAGGAUUGA